GUAUGUUUUGUUUCAAAAACCCUCCAAUUCCAAUCCGUGAGAGUUUCCCUCUCCGAGAAGCACGGCGGUUUGUGAGUUGGGAGUAUGUAAAGGGGACCUUCACUGAACUGUAAUACGGAACCGUUUACCUAUUCCAGCUCAGCGUCGCUACUAUCUCUGCGAAAAUGGAUAGGAGGCUCAACGGACCAGCCACCACUCCCUCCAGCUCCGGCGGCGCCCCCGGCACCGCAAGAUCUUCGUCCCGGAAGCUGCAACCGAACUACAGUAGUCCAUUUGUUCAGGCUACAUUGGAACGCUUGGCAUCUAUUGAUCUAAUUGAGUUGUGGAAAGAAGCCAAAGUUGAGCACUGCCGAGCAACUAGAGACUUGAGAAGCUGUGGUCGUUAUGUCCUUCACUUGUUGAAUUCAUGUGGGCAUGCUUCUUUAUGUGAAGAAUGUAGUCAACGGUGUGAUAUCUGCCCAAUAUGCAGAAUCCCAAUUCCAAAGGGUGGUGAUAGACUGCGUCUCCGACUUUAUUACGAGUGCAUAGAAGCUGGCCUUAUUUCCAAAAGGUGUGAUGAGAGAUUUCAAGAAAUAGAAGAUGGGGAGAAACAGCGUCUUUAUUCUUUGCUUGACGUUGCACUUGAGAAUAACUUGGUUUCUUUAAUUUGCCACUACAUCACAGAUGUAUGUAUGGAUGAAACUGCCGGUUCCAGUGAUCCAGUUAUAGCAUUUUUGUUGGAUGAAGUGGUGGUGAAGGAUUGGUGCAAGAGGACAUUCACAAAUAUCAUAGCUGAACUACAGGGAAUUUAUAAUCUUGAUGUUUUUCAAAUGAAAGAGAAAUUGAGUUCACUUCUGAGAUUUUCAUUACACCUGAAAGGCAUAUCAAAUGUGCUAGACAUUUUGGAGUCAUCUUUUAAGGGUACUCUUUCAGCACAACUUCAUGAUUUGCAUCAUCUCCAAGAGAGCGUGUUAAAGACAAAGCAGCAUCUGGAGAUUAUUGUCUGGUGUACAAGACAUUAUUUUUUGGAGAAUGUGAGAUCUCGUUUUACCGAUAGUUCAUCAUGGGCUUCAGAUGUCCGCAGACGGAAAUCAGAAGCAAUUAGACGUGCUUGGCCUGAUGCAAUAAGUCAAUCUGUGGAGUCAACAGGACAUGUUGGAUCUCUAUUUAUUGAAGAUGCAUUGAAUAAUCUUGAUUUAGAGGAGGGCUUAAUACAGGGAGGUGAUGUUGCAUCCUUGCAGAAGGAUGGACCAUUGGUUUUCCAGUCUGAUACUGAUCGGGUGUUGGGUUGCUAUCCAUUCAAAAAUCUCCAUGCUGCUGCUGACUUACUCUUUUUACGUGGAAGUUCUGAUGUUGUGCUUGCCAAACAAGCAAUCUUUCUGUAUUAUUUGUAUGAUCGUCACUGGACAAUUCCUGAUGAAGAAUGGAGGGAGUUAAUAGAGGACUUUGCAGUGACAUUUAAUAUUAGCAGGCAUUCAUUACUUGAGUCUUUUACUUUUUAUCUCCUGGAUGAUGAUACUGAGGAGGCUUUACAGGAAGCUUGUCGCCUUCUUCCUGAAAUUUCUGGCGCAGCAUCACACCCUAAAAUUGCUGAAGUACUGUUAGAAAGGAAUAGCCCUGAUACAGCUCUGAUGGUUUUAAGGUGGGCUGGUCGUGAUGGUGGGCCUCGUAAUAUUUCACUUAGAGAUGCUGUCACUGCAGUGCGGGUAAGGAUCGAGUGUGGACUUCUGACUGAAGCAUUUAUGCAUCAGAGGAUUCUCUGCACAAGAGUGAAAGAAAAGAGUUUCAAUAAAGGAGCACCUUUGGAGACUGCUGAUGUACCAAAAGGGCAAUUUAGUAAUUGGGUGGAGGUCUUGGUAACCGAGAUUUGUUGCCUCUGUAUUAGGAGGAACUUAGUGGAUCGAAUGCUAGAAUUGCCAUGGAAUUCUGAUGAAGAGAAAUAUAUACACAAGAGUCUUUUGGAUUGUGCUACUGAAGAACCCCCGAGGACUACUGGAAGUCUUCUUGUUGUUUUUUAUAUGCAGCGUUACAGAUACUCUGAAGCAUACCAAGUUCAUAUUCAACUUGAAAAGCUGGAGCAAGAUGCCAUUUCAAAAGGUUCUAUCCAAGAAUGUCUUCGGUUCUUAUUUAGAAUUGAAUCAACAACAAAAUACCUACAUAAAUUAACAAAUAGGUGCUUGGAGUUGCUUCCAGAAGUUGAGCAGCAACAACUGAGAAGUGGAAACUUGACUGAAGGAGGUAUUACUUCUCAUGAAGAAGUUACAAUUCCUGCUAAGAUUGAUGUUCCUCGGACUCGGGAAUCCCGGUCAAUGAGUCUAUUGAUUCCCUCAUCCACAGAUUCUUCCGACAUGCUGCAUGGAGAUCAUACAUUUGGUUUGUUGAGUUCAUCGACUUUAGGAACUUCAACCAAAUUAGGCAUGCCUUUUCCUACUAUUGGGCCCGAAUUUGGUAAUUUUGGCACCCCAUCAGAUCGUCAUGAAGGAUUAAUCCCUAGUAACAUGAGGUUUUCAAAUAAUCAAGGUAAAAGUGGCAAAAUCCCUAGGUAUGAUCACACUCCAACUCCAAAGAAUCAUAGGAUCCGUUUCAUGAAUGAUUCAGCUCUGAAGGGUGCUAACAAAACAUCACCAAACAAUUCCCAAGAAAAUAUGCGGGACAAAAUGUCACCAGAUGAACGGAGUGCGCUUUUUAGCCAUACUAAAAAAGCCAGUCCUAUGUACUCCUUGAAGGCUUCAGCCAGCCCCGUUAUUGGAUCCAUGCGCAGCCAUUCCAAAGAAUUUGCUGAUAACUUUCCUAAUAUAUCUAGUAAGAGUGUCCAAUCACAUAAAGGUGAUAGAAGUUGGAAUGCAGCGUCUGCUAAUGAUCCAAUGGACGUCUCUUGGAGCCAUACGGAGACGAGAUUAGAUGCCAGAGAAAAUAUCAAUGGUGGACCUAGGUGGAGAUCUGACGAAACCAGCGAUGAAGAGGAGCAGGGUCUGGAAAGAGCUAUGGAUAUAGUUUACCAUGCAACUCCAACUAGAACAAAUAGGCGAAGCAGGUUUACCAAGAGAUGAGACUACAUUUCUGAGAAAAAAGGGGUUUCUUGUAUUUUUUUCCUGGAUAGAAACAGGGAAAGACCAGCGAAAGAGAGUUAUUUUCAGUUCAUUUUCAGUUCAGAUUUGUAUCUUAAAGGAGUUUUUACUUGGACAUUUACGCUGGUCUUAGUUGUGCAGCUAAUAUUUCGAUGAAGGAAAUGUUAGUCUUAAAUAGUACAUUGUGUUGGCCUUUUCCUUUUC